AUGCAUCUCCCUCAACCUCCUCGCUCGCAGGCAGAUAUCAUAGGGCGAAGCGAACUCCGCCAACAGGUCGCGACCCUGCUUCGCCAAUCAUACGAGGCUAGGACGAACCAGGUAUUCGAUAAAGGGAAAGAAAGGAUGCGAUAUGAACUAUGUGGAUUGGAAUGGGUGCCCAAACAUAUACAUGACCAAUGGGGGAAAGGCACCAUCCGCACGUUUGACGAGCUGACGGCGGCGGUCUCCCCCGAGCUGCUGCGUAAUUGGGUGAAGACUCUGGAGAAAUCGGGACCAAAAAUCGUCCCGCGGGACGUCCCGUAUUGGGUCGACAAACAUUCCAAACUCCCAAUUGCGACAGCCAAGUCGAAAAAGCAACGGCAGAAAGUCAAAAAACACGGAGCAGACUCGUUAUUAGCUCCGAAUAUCCCAUCGUCUCUGGCCAGCAGCUCGAAGUUGACAUUGCUAGAAUCCAGUUCACUCGGAAAACGCGGUCGCCACUCCUUCCCUGGUACUGCUGCUGUUGCUGGACCAUCCAACAAACGAGCUAAAAGAUCAGCAAGUCCUUGUCCCGUCGAUACCAUGAAAGCCAACCAUCGGCCCUCCCGCUCUCCUUCCGUAGUCGAGGUUGACCCACCAGACCCUUCGCCUCGCUCUAAACCCUUGUCUCGUACUCGUGUGGAUCAUGAACCCCUCAAAUCCAGACAAAUAGAUAGACAAGCCUCUGCCGAGGAGUCCAAGAUUGACCACGAAAAGCCACUAGACUACUUCCUUUCCCCCACCUUUCCGGGCGUACGUUUUCCCUACGCUGGCCCAAGUAUAGAUUUUGCUGUUCGUGAGGCGGAGCGGCUUCAAGGCAGUCCGGACGUAUCGCCCGAGUUCAAGUACUCGCACCUGGGACACUUGUUGCUCCAAACCGUGGUGUCGCAGACAACGCUACACUCAGUGAUCGGGGCGGCCGGGAUGGCUGGGCCGGGCUCCCUCGCCGCGGAUCUGCAUCUAGUCAACUUCCUGGCGAAAGAGGUCGAGCAUCCGGGCACGGAGGACUUGUUUCGGUAUCUGAGCGUCCUUUUUGCGGCGGCGGCCUCCUUUUCUCGACGCGCGCGACUACAACGUGAAGGGGCUCCACAGCCUGAAGAAGAUUUUGGUGAGUUGGAGGUGGAUCUACGAAACUUGGAGGAGGAAGAAUGGGUCACAAAGGAGCUAGUGAAAGACUCGGAGGCGACAGAUUCAGCGAAAAGGAAGGGAAAGGCACGGAAGGGAAAACGUUAA